AUGACGUCUGUUUCUAGAAUAAACGAGAUUCAAUGGAGUCUUUUCAAAAUUCAAACUGAAGAUGCGGACUGUGAAUAUCUUGAGCGUUUAUUAAUAAAAAUUGAAAGUGAAGAUAUUACUGAUGAUCGUAAAAAACAUCUGAAGUCGCUACGAGAAAAUAAACUGAUACGAUAUAAUCGAAAAGAACUCAUGUCAUUAGUAGAUGCGGGUUUAUUACGGGAGAAAUUUAAAGAACAAGUGGACUGGAAAAAUACAGCUUCUAGUAACAUAUCCAUAUUAAGAGAAGCAAUAAAAGUACGUUUCAGUCCUGAAGAAAUUCGUCUUCCAAUUACAGAGGAAGAUAAACAGUUUUUUCGAGAAUUAAUAGCAGAUCAAGAAAAAUUCUAG